AUGGCUGUGCAGACCAGCACCAACAGCCUGCCGGCUGCCAUCGAGAAAGAGUCGGACGGGCUGGGCUCUAUCCGCGCGCCCCAGCUUCACCAUCAUCGAGACUCUUCUCUAAUGACGACGACGGGUUUCGCUGCUGCCGAGGGCGGCUCCCCGCUCCCUGGCCUGUGGAAGCCGUAUGAGCACCGGAAACUUGCCAACCCGGCUCCGCUUGGCCUCUGCGCCUUCGCCCUGACCACCUUCGUCCUCUCCGCCAUCAACACGCACGCUCGCGGGGUCAAGGAGCCCAACGUGGUCGUUCCUCUUGCUUUCGGUUACGGCGGGCUUGUCCAACUGUUGGCCGGCAUGUGGGAAAUGGCCUGCGGAAACACCUUUGGCGCUACCGCUCUGUCCUCCUACGGUGGUUUCUGGAUCUCCUACGGCAUUCUCCUGACUCCCAGCUGGGGCAUCACCUCUUCCACCGGACCCUACCAGGGCCAUGUGGCCAGUCCGCUCGGCUUCUUCCUCACCGGCUGGUUCAUCUUCACCACUCUCCUCCUCCUGUGCACUCUGAGAUCCACCCUCAUGUUCUUCCUCCUCUUCUUCACCCUGGACAUCGCUUUCUUGCUUCUGGCUUGCGAGCAGUAUGCCAACGAUCUGGGCAACACGGCUGCUGCCCUCGGCCUCCAGAAGGCUGGCGGCGUGUUUGGUUUCCUUGCCGCGUUCCUUGCCUGGUACAACGCCUUGGCCGGAAUGCAGGACAGCAGCAACUCCUUCUUCCAAGUCCCCGUUUUCCACUUCCCCUGGUCAGACAAGGCCCAAGAGGAACGGAAGAAGAGCGACCGCGCCUUGGCUUAG